UUCAUCUGGGCCGAGGUCGGAUCUGCAGUGCAGCUCUCCCUCCUCCGUUUGGUUAGGCCUGGGCUCGGGCACAUAGGUAGUGCCCCUGCGAAGAUUCCCUCUGCGGCGGUCCCGGAGGGCUUGAUGCAGAGGGAAGGAGGAACACGGCGGAUCGGCACUGUGAUGUGUCCCUUCCGGCCGGCAGGCGGAUGACGUCAGACGCCGGGGGCGGAGCUAAGCGCGCUGACGUCAUCAACAUGCGCCACAGGUCCUGCAGCAUGAGAAGCACAUGGAGACACUAUAAAAACGCUCAGGACCUGUGUAACGGCGCCCUGCAUAGCGCGGCUCACAUAUUUUGGUGAAGCAUCUCUGAAGCGGUCGGGAGUCAAGAUGAGCACCCCCCUCACGCCGGGCUCUGGAACCGAGCCUGCAUCAAACCCUGGGACAGGAGAAAAGGAUUCGGCUUCUGCAGCCAAAAAAACUAGAAAAUGUGGUAUUUGCUGCAAAAGAUUGUCUAACACUGGAUCCAAGCCCCUGUGUAAAGAAUGUACUGCCAGUGUCAUCAAGUCUGAGUCUUCUAGUCUAAUUGAAGACAUUAGAAAAGUGGUAAAAGAAGAGGUUCAGCUAGCCUUAACUACCAGAGAACCUACUCCUCCCAAAGUUCCCCCCACUCAGGACGCCCGUAGUGUUAAAUCACUUAUCCUGGAUUCCGACUCUGAGGGGCUGGCGGUCUCAGACUCCGAAUCUGUCCAAAAACACCCGGCAUCUUCAGAUGAAGAGGGCGAAUAUAAGCGCUUCCUGUUCAAUCCUGAAGAUAUUGAUGAACUUAUCAGGGCCAUCAGGGCCACCAUUCAGAUGGAGAUGCCUAAAACCCCUAGGUCUACCCAGCAAGAAAUUUUUGGGGGUCUAGGUGAAAGGAAGAAGGCCGUUUUUCCAGUCCCUGAUAGUGUCCAAAAAUUAAUUAGGUCUGAAUGGGAAAAACCGGAUAAAGGAUCCUUUAUCCCAAGAGGAAUUAAGAGGCGCUACCCCUUUAGCCAAGAGGACUGUACGGAUUGGGAGACCAUUCCCAAAGUAGACGCGCCAGUGGCCAAGGUAGCAAAACAUACGGCCCUACCGUUUGAAGACUCAGCACAAUUGAAAGAUCCUCUAGACAGGAAAGCGGAAAGUCUCUUGCGAAAGACCUGGGAGACUACGGCGGCCCUUCUCAAACCGGGCGUUGCCUCCACAUGUGUGGCCAGAACACUGAACCUUUGGCUAGACCAGCUAGAGAUACAUCUGGUCAAUAAGACACCACGGGAUCAAAUUCUAGAGAGCUUGCCUCUAUUAAAGAUGGCAACCUCCUUUCUAGCAGACGCAGCUGCUGAAUCAGUUAAACUGUCCGCCCGUACAGCUGUUCUCUCAAAUACAGCGAGAAGGGCACUAUGGCUUAAAGCGUGGUCAGGAGAUAUCACAUCUAAAAAUAAAUUAAUCGCACUCCCCUUCCACGGUCAGUACGUUUUCGGAGAAGAUCUAGAUAAAAUCCUAGACAACGCGACAAAUAAAAAAAGAGGGUUUCCAGAGGAAAGAUAUAAACAAAAAAGGCAGCCCUUUCGUGACCGAUUUUUUCAACCCGAAAAUAAAAAAGAUAAAGGGAAGACUGGGAGGUGGAGCUAUGCGAAGGGAGGCAGGGGGAGAAGCUUCCUCUUCAACCCAAAUCGGGCCGAAGCCUCCUCAUCCAACAACAAACAAUGACG